AUGGAAGGAGCGCCUGUGUUGGGUGAGAUUGUUGACUUGGCCCUCAACUUGGUCCUCCAGCAUCGUGUCAGCGUUAAAACUGAUGAAGACACUGGUGUCUCUGAGGUGGUCGUGGAAGAAUGCAGGAACUAUGAACACAGAAUCUCACUCACCAUGCUGGGCAGUCACAUUGGUCUACUCAAUGAGGCUGUGGACUUUGUGAUCAACCUCGUGAAUGAAGUGUUGUCCCUGGUAACACACUAUGAGGUGUGCCCAGUAAUCCGCAGCCUCCCUGAAAACCUGGAUGCUGAUUAUGUUAAGAACCUCAUCUCUAUCUUGGGGCAAUUGAAGGCUGCUGAGGAGGACCCGGAGAAGACUGAGGAAACUAAGAACUUGUUGGAACAACUCAUUUCUGGAAUUUUUGAAGUAGUGGAGGGGCUUACAGGGGUGAAAAUCAGUAACCUGCACAUCCUGGAUAUCACAUUCGAAGAGACUUCUGAUGGCAAAGGUGCUAUAGUGAAAAUCCCCAUCACUGCUGAAGUCAACGUGAACCUGCCUGUGUUGGGUGAGAUUGUCGACUUGGCCCUCAACUUGGUCCUCGAGUAUCGUGUCAGCGUUGAAACUGAUGAAGAGACUAACGUCUCCACCGUGGUCGUGGAAGAUUGCAGGAGCGAUCAACAGAGCAUCUCUCUCAGCGUGCUGGGCAGGCGCAUUAGACUGUUCAACGAGAUUUUGGACUUCGCAAUCAACCUCGUGAAUGAGGUAUUGUCCCUGGUAACACAGUACGAGGUGUGCCCACGAGUCCGCAGUUUCCUUGAAAGCCUGGAUGUGGAUUAUGUUAAGAGCCGCAUCGAUGAGCUUUAUGAAAACCAACAGAAAAAGUGA